UGUCUUGGGAGGGGGGUGCUCUGCUCUGCCCAUCCCCAAAUAGCAUGGGGGCAGCCAGCAUUAGGUAUCCCUGUCUGGGGACCAAGCAGUAUGUCCUGAGCUAAAUUAUCCACCUUUUAAACUCUCCUGUCUUCCUUCCAUCCUGGCGGGUGAACUGUGUAGGCGAGAGAUGAUUUAUUAGGAGGAAACUGCCUUGUUCUGCAGCUGGAGGAGCAGGGCCAGCCUGGGAGCCUAGCCAUGGGGCUGGCAUGAGCAGAGAAGGAAGCAUCCCUGGGCCAGACCCCCCGCCCCAGCAUUAAGCAGCGCAGCUUUGGCUGGCUGGCUGUGUGAUGGCCGAGGGGGUGGGUGUGUUCCCAGAGCCGAUUUGGACUGGGGGAGAGGGAAAGCUGCCCCAUCUGUCACUGUCCUCCUUUCCCCCACUCCUACAGGUGGCUUCCCAUCCAGCCUCUCGCUUGCAUGCCACCUUGUUGCCCUCCUCCCCACGGCACAUGUGGCUCUGUGUGAAGAUGGCUGAUACCACCCAGGUCUUCCCUGCUAGAAGAGGCCCUCUGUGGACCUGAUCGAAGCGGAGACCCCCCCACCCCGGCAGCAAGGAGGGGGAGAUUGUUGCCCAGCAAGCCAUGAACUGAAGCUACUUCUUGGAUUGUUUGUGUUUUAACUCUUCCGAGUGCCACAAGUGAGCUGCAGAUCCCUGGUGUUUGGAAAUCUCGCCGCCUUUGGGGAAGGAGGAGGAGGCGGAGGGGCGCGAUGGCGUCUGGCUUUUCCAAUGGACCCGGUGUCCAGAACGAAGCGGAGGUGGUUCACCUCUGCAGGAGUCUGGAAGUUGGCACCGUGAUGACUUUGUUUUACUCUAAAAAAUCACAGAGGCCGGAGAGGAAAACUUUCCAGGUGAAGCUAGAAACCAGGCAGAUCACUUGGAGCAGAGGGUCGGAGAAAAUAGAAGGAGCGAUCGACAUUCGUGAAAUCCAAGAGAUUCGUCCAGGAAAUAAUUCCCGAGAUUUUGACCGAUACCAGGAGGAUCCCUCGUUCCGGUCAGACCCGUCUCACUGCUUCGUCGUCCUCUAUGGAAUGGAGUUCAGGCUGAAAACUCUCAGCCUGCAAGCCACAUCCGAGGAUGAAGUCAACAUGUGGAUCAAAGGGUUAAACUGGCUGGUGGGGGAUACUCUCAGGGCCCCCACCCCUCUGCAAAUCGAAAGGUGGCUCCGGAAGCAGUUCUACUCGCUGGAUCGCAACCGAGAAGACAGGAUUUCAACUAAGGAUUUGAAAAACAUGCUGUCCCAGGUCAACUACCGAGUCCCAAACAUGCGGUUCCUGCGAGAGAAAUUAACGGAUGUGGAGCAGAGGAACGGGGAUAUAACGUAUAGCCAGUUCGUCCAGAUUUACCGGAACCUGAUGUACGACGACCAGAAAACGAUCGAGCUCCCAUUCCAGGAAAGGUGUGCAGAGAGACUUGAGCACUCCAAGGUGUCCCUGCUGGAGUUCCAGAAGUUCUUACUGGAGUAUCAGAUGGAACUCUGGGCUACAGACAUCCUCCAGGUUCAGGAGUUCAUGUUUAACUUUCUGAGAGACCCACUGAGAGAGAUUGAAGAGCCUUAUUUCUCUCUGGAUGAGAUAUUCACCUUCCUCUUCUCCAAAGAGAACAGCAUCUGGAACACGCAGCUGGACGCGGUGUGCGCGGAGAACAUGAACAAUCCCCUCUCCCAUUACUGGAUCUCCUCCUCGCAUAACACGUACCUGACGGGGGAUCAGUUCUCCAGCGAGUCCUCCUUGGAAGCCUACGCGCGUUGCCUGCGCAUGGGGUGCCGCUGCAUUGAGUUGGAUUGCUGGGACGGCCCCGAUGGGAUGCCCGUGAUUUACCAUGGACACACCUUAACCACCAAAAUCAAAUUCUCUGACGUCUUGACGACCAUCAAGGAACAUGCCUUCAUGACCUCUGACUAUCCUGUCAUCCUGUCCAUUGAAGAUCAUUGCAGUAUUGCCCAGCAGAGGAACAUGGCUCAGAAUUUUAAGAAGGUUUUUGGGGACAUGCUUUUGACCAAGCCGGUGGAUAUAUCCGCUGACGGGCUCCCCUCCCCGAACCAGCUGAAGAAGAAGAUUCUCAUUAAGCACAAGAAGCUGGCGGAGGGAAGUGCUUAUGAAGAGUUGCCGACGUCUGUAAUGUAUUCGGAGAAUGAUAUCAGCAACUCCAUAAAGAACGGGAUCCUCUACCUGGAAGAUCCCAUCAAUCACGAAUGGAAUCCGCACUACUUUGUCCUGACCAGCAGCAAGAUCUAUUACUCUGAGGAGACGACCGGCCACCAGGGAAACGAGGAUGAAGAGGAACCAAAGGAGGUGAGCAACAGCACUGAACUUCAUUCUACCGAGAAGUGGUUUCAUGGCAAGCUGGGGGCUGGGCGUGAUGGGCGCCACAUAGCAGAGAGGCUGCUGAUGGAGUACUGCAUAGAGACGGGCGCCCCUGACGGGUCUUUCCUAGUACGAGAGAGUGAAACCUUCGUAGGAGACUACACCCUCUCUUUCUGGCGCAAUGGGAAGGUGCAGCAUUGCCGCAUCCAUUCCCGGCAGGACGCCGGCAGCCCCAAGUUCUUCCUGACCGACAACCUGGUGUUCGACAGCCUCUACGACCUCAUCACCCAUUACCAGCAGGUGCCUCUGAGGUGCAACGAGUUUGAGAUGAAGCUGACUGAGCCUGUGCCGCAGACCAACGCCCAUGAGAGCAAAGAGUGGUACCACGCCAACCUCACCCGGGCCCAGGCUGAGCACAUGCUGAUGAGGGUGUCGCGGGACGGAGCCUUCCUAGCGCGCAAGAGGAGCGAGCCCAACUCCUAUGCGAUCUCGUUCCGGGCGGAAGGGAAGAUCAAGCACUGCCGAGUGCUGCAGGAGGGCCAGACCGUGCUCCUGGGCAACUCCGAGUUCGAUAGCCUGGUGGAUCUGAUCAGCUACUACGAGAAGCACCCGCUCUACCGCAAGAUGAAGCUGAGGUACCCCAUCAAUGAGGAGACGCUGGAGAAGAUUGGCACAGCGGAGCCAGACUAUGGAGCCCUUUAUGAAGGACGCCAUCCGGGAUUCUACGUGGAGGCCAAUCCCAUGCCAACCUUCAAGUGUGCCGUCAAGGCCCUGUUCGAUUACAAGGCGCAGCGGGAAGACGAGCUAACCUUCAUGAAGAACGCCAUCAUCCAGAACGUGGAGAAGCAGGAAGGAGGCUGGUGGAGAGGAGAUUAUGGGGGCAAAAAACAGCUGUGGUUUCCUUCCAACUACGUGGAGGAACUAGCCAGCCUCGGUGGCCAGGAGCCUGACAGGGAGCAGCAGCUAGACGAGAACAGCCCCCUGGGAGUCCUGCUUGGAGGCACCCUGGAUGUGCCGUCCUGCCAGAUAGCCAUCCGCCCCGAGGGGAAGAACAAUCGCACCUUCGUCUUCUCCAUCAGCAAGGCCUCCAUGUCGCGCCCAUCCAUGGACGUGGCGGCUGACACGCAUGAGGACCUGCUGGACUGGGUGAAGAAGAUCCGGGAGGCAGCCCAGACUGCCGACGCCAGGCUCUCCGAAGGGAAGAUGAUGGAGAGGAGGAAGAAGAUCGCCCUGGAGCUAUCAGAACUUGUCAUCUACUGCCGGCCCGUCCCCUUCGAUGAAGAGAAGAUUGGCACAGAAAGGGCCUGCUACAGGGACAUGUCGUCCUUCCCCGAGACCAAGGCGGAGAAGUAUGUCAACAAGAUCAAAGGCAAGAAGUUCCUGCAGUACAACCGGCUGCAGCUCUCCCGCAUCUACCCCAAGGGCCAGCGCCUCGACUCCUCCAACUACGACCCCCUGCCCAUGUGGAUCUGUGGCAGCCAGCUCGUGGCACUCAACUUCCAGACCCCAGACAAGCCCAUGCAGAUGAACCAGGCCCUGUUCAUGUCCGGCGGCCAGUGUGGGUACGUGUUGCAGCCGGCCAACAUGCGGGACGACCUCUUCGACCCCUUUGACAAGAGCACGGUGCGCGGGCUGGAGCCGCUCUCGAUCUCCAUCGAGAUCCUUGGGGCACGACAUCUUCCCAAAAACGGGAGGGGGAUCGUUUGCCCGUUUGUGGAGGUCGAGGUGUCUGGAGCGGAGUACGACAAUGCCAAACAGAAGACGGAGAUCGUGGCGGACAAUGGCCUGAACCCCCUCUGGUCCCAGAAGACCUUCAAUUUCCAGGUCAGCAACCCCGACUUCGCCUUCCUGCGCUUCGUGGUAUAUGAGGAGGACAUGUUCAGUGAUGAGAAUUUCUUGGCGCAGGCCACGUUCCCAGUGAAAGGGCUGAAGACAGGGUACAGAGCUGUGCCGUUGAAGAACAACUACAGCGAGAACCUGGAGUUGGCCUCCCUGCUUGUUAAAAUAGAGAUCUUCCCUGGCAAGGAAAAUGGAGAAAUUAGCCUCUUCGGUGCCUCAGCCCUCCGAGAACGGACAGGAGACCCUUCAAGUCAGCUCCUGACAAACCGAGCCCGGGAAGGGUCUUUUGACGCCCGCUACCAACAGCCAUUUGAGGAUUUCCGGGAGCAGCUAGCAGACCAUUUUGACAGCCGAGAGCGAAGGGUACUGCGAAGGACCAGGGUGAACGGGGACAACCGGGUCUAGCCCACCUUCGCCUGCUGAAAAGCACCUCUAGUGCUUGUGAUUAUCACGGAACGCUGUGAACUGGUUUCUAUGGAAACGUCACUGCUUUGGCCUACUUUCAGGCAGCUUUUCCAGUUUCUCUGCUGGUGUGUGAGUGGAGAAAUUAAAAAAAACUCACCACCCAACCACCUUCUACUACCAAGCCCAUAAUGAAGUGUAUUAAUGUGCAUAGCCUGUCAGCUAUUAAAGCUGGAGACAAAACUGUGUCUAUAAUCAAACAAACUCCCUUUGAGCCUAUAUCCUGAGAAAUCUAGAUCCCGGCCCUGCUCAGAAGCUGGUAGGGAAGCUUUUUACAGCAUUAACUCGAUGUAAAUGUUUCCCACUCCCUUGAGUGACCUGCCUCUUCUCCCUCCUUUUACAUGCCCCCAUAGGGAGGUGCUUUCCUAAGAACCAGGCAGGACGCACCUCAGCCCUAUUGUUGUUGUAUCAAAGUACCUGUAUAGCCUCUGCCUCUGGGCCCAGUAGUGAAACUCAAAGUUUACAAGGCCCCUCUAGCUUUAAGUUACAAUAAAAAAAAAGUCAGUGUUAA